GUGCUCAAUGCAGGCGUUGACAAUCUGUUUAGCUGAUUCUCCCUCAAGGCCAACCUUUGAGAAUAGAAAAGAUCGCAAGCAGGGCAUGCAAGUGCAGCCGAAAUGUCUGGAGUCAACGCGCCAUGGCUGGCACCAAUUUAUCUGCCCGGCCAAGAGCCGUUGCCGGAAGGCUACACAGAAGAAGACCGCGCGAAUCUCGCACAGGUGCAAAUGUGGCAGCGGUAUGCUUCUGGCGCAAUGGAGUCAUGUCCAGUCAAGUGCACCCUGUCCGGAGCGGCAGGAUUCGGUUUGGGAGCUUUCUUCACCCUUUUCAGCGCAGCUCUCUCAGCGGAUGAUCCGACUCGACGAACCACUGCAUAUCUUCAGGCGCAAGCGGCCGGGAUACCAGAACCAAAGUUGAGCACCGCCCUUCAGACGAAGGAAUUUUUCAAGGACACGGGGAAGAAUAUGUGGCGGAGUGGUAAGGGCUUCGGAAAAGUCGGCGCUCUGUAUUCGGGGAUAGAGUGCUGUGUUGAAGGGUACCGAGCGAAAAACGACAUUUAUAAUUCCCUGAUCUCUGGCUGUUUCGCUGGAUCAAUUCUGGCUAGGAGCAGCGGCCCAAAGGCUAUGAUCGGAGGAGGUAUCGCGUUUGCAGCAUUCAGCGGCGCUAUCGACCUAUACUUCCGCAAAGAGCCAGCGGACGACCCUUAGGAACCCGAAGGGUGCAUAGACAUCUCACCACUCAGCACCGACACGACCCCAACACCUGUACAC